AUGGCUCAGCCGAUUGGAUUCUUCGGCCUCCGACUGACGCCCGGCGAGGCGCACCAGAUGGAGGUGACGCGCGACUUCCGCAUCACGCAGGUGGCCUUCGCCGACGAGGCCAAGGACGGCGCCAAGGCGCUGGUCAAGGUGACCUACACCUCGUUCCCGGACAGCUACGACGACGAGGAGGACGAGGAGGACGACGAGAAGUCGCUGCCGGAGCCCGAGGAGAAGACCUACACCCUCUGCACGUUGGUCGCCGGCAGGACCGACCAGGAGCGUGUCGACGUGCACUUCUCCGAGGAGGAGAUCGUCGGUUUCUCGGUCACUGGCGAUGUCCCCGUCGACCUCGUCGGCAACUACAUCGCCCCGCCCAGCUUCUACGACCAGGAGCCCGACUCGGACGACGAGUACGACUCCGAGGACAUGGACAGCGACGAGGACGACUUUGACAUGGCCGAGAUGGACGAGGACGACGAGGAGGCCGAGGAUGCCGACCGCUUUGAGGAGAUCGUAGACUCGACCCCGGCCAAGAAGGAGGCCAAGAAAGCCAUCGAGGCCGCCGCCGCCGAUGCGACCGCCUCUGCCCAGAAGAAGCGCGCCGCCUCCGAGAUCGACAGCCCCGUCACGACGCUCUCCAAGAACCAGCAGAAGAGGCUCAAGAAGGCCGAGACGGCCUCGGCCGCCUCGACGCCCACCAAGAAGUCGGACGCGGCCUCUGCCGCCGCCUCGCCCGCUACCGCCUCGGCCAAGAAGGAGAAGGUCACCGAGACCAAGGCCGAGGUUACCAAGACGGCCAAGGACGGCAAGGCCAAGACCGAGACGGCCGCCAAGAAGACUGUCGAGAAGCCCUCUGGCCAGAAGCUCUCCAAGACCAAGCUCCCCUCUGGCCUGGUCAUUGAGGAGAAGAAGGCGGGUGAGGGACCGCAGGCCAAGGCCGGCAUGAAGGUGGGCAUGCGCUACGUGGGCAAGCUCGAGAACGGCAAGGUGUUUGACCAGUGCGUCAAGGGCAAGCCCUUUUCGUUCAAGCUGGGCCGCGGCGAGGUCAUCAAGGGCUGGGACGAGGGCGUCAAGGGCAUGCAGGUCGGCUCCGAACGCCGCCUCACCUGCCCGCCCAAGCUCGCCUACGGCAACCAGAAGAUCCCCGGCAUCCCCCCCAACUCGACCCUCAUCUUUGACGUCAAGCUCGUCGAGAUGAAGUAG